AUGCUACCUCUUGAACACAUAGAGGAAAAGGACAACAAGCAGGUGACCACUAUCAAGGAGACCCCCUGUGCCUAUAUGGCUGACCUUAACAAAAAGAUAACAAGCUUUAUUGACAGCAAUACAAAGGCUGAGCUUCUAACCUGCCAUGAUGGUAACAUCCCUGACAACGAGGUCUAUGUUAAAAUUGGCGGCGAUCAUGGGCAGGGAUCAAUAAAUCAACAAUCUAUAUUCAACGGAAACAAAACUAUUCGCCUGUUUUUGUUUGGGGAUUAUGAAUUUCUUUGCAAAGUAGUUGGAAUAUCAGGGGCAAGUGGUGAGUUUCUCCUAUCAUUGACACAGUUCUCUAUACACAUAAGGUAUAAGGAAAUUUGUUAACAACUUUAUUACUUCUUUCCCUCGUUAAGUCGAUAUCCAUGUCUUUGGUGUACUGUCCUGGCCACCAAAAGGAAACUGCCAAAGGAUCAGAGAGGAUCAGUUGCUCUUCACACACUUCAACAUCUGAGUGAAAUGUUGCAGAAGUUUCAGGCAGCUGGAGCUGAUCUGAAAAGGGCCAAAGACUUCUACAAUGUCAUCCAUGCUCCUCACUUCAACAUCCCCAUAGAGCAAGUAAAGAUGACAUACUGAUGAUUAUACACUUAUAAAUUUUCCUUGGCAUAGAUGCUUACCAUUCAUUACAUGCAUUAGCUUUGUUUGUUUAACAAAGGUAACACACAACAGUAUUACGACUGACGAACCCAAGGUCCUCAAAUUCCCGACUGAAUUGGAAUUUAGAAAUGUUGAUUUUUGAGGUGGUUUUGGUUCACGCAUCUCCAGAUCUUCACAGAUUUUGCGACUAUUGAAUACUGGUUGAAGAGUGUGACAGAUUUUCUUGCUCAGGUCAGAUAGUUGUCUUCUCACUGCAUCAGCCGACGUUUGAUCUUUAAAUGUAAAAUUAACCGUUGAUCAAGCUAUUUAAAAUUGUCCUACAUAAGUGUAAAUCACAACACAAAAUUCAACUGAAAGGAGUUUAUUCAACUUAAAGUGAUAUAUUGUAUGUUUUUGAUUGAAUAAAUACAUUUCAUUGCCUCCACGGCAAAAAAGGCUUCCCAAAUUUCACUUAAAAGAACUUGCCUAUCUCCUUCGCUUGGGGAAGGAAUUUAAAGAUGGUGUCAAAACAUGCAGAAAACCCCAAACUUUGCCACUUAACCACGCGGUAAAAAGAAUUACUCAUAAAAAACUCACCACGCAGUUAAGUUCUUCCAGUACCACUCUUUGUAAAAUUUUGUGCCAUCUGUUGCCGAAAACUCAGAGCAGUUCACAUUUUCAAAUCUUUUAAGACGACCAGAAUACUGCUUGAAGGACGGAAAAAUUACAGGUGAGGUUUUCCAGGCGAUAAAUUGGAGAAUUCCAUCGAUUUUCAUCAAGUUUUUUGCAUUGCACAGCUCCUUCAGACCUUUCUGCCAUGUUUAUUACUGUCAAGGGUGGCAAAGGCUCAUUUGUUCUUUAUUUUCAUUGGUUCUAAAACAAUAGCCUUUCUUCCCUUCAAACUGUAAACAAUGGCGGGGCCAUUUGUUGCUAUGGGAGAUGAGCCUGUUGGUGGUUGCCACUGUAGAAGCAAAUUGCGGCCGCAAAAAAACUAAAUUUCCCCUGACGUGAACGUUGUUGAACAAAAAUAGAGCUUGGCUCUAUUCAGUUCAACAAGUUGCUACUUGUUGAACAGCUUCAACCAAUCGUUUUUGAGUUUGUUGUAACAUGGCUUUGUGGAAAUAUCAACAUGGCGGCCAAAGAGUUGGAAUCAGCUCAGGUUGAAAGGAGUUUUGAUAACACCAGUCAACUGAUCAAUCUGUAUGAGACUUUUCAGUGCCUACAUGAUAUGAGAUUGAAGGAAGUGACAUCCAUACACAGGAAAUUGUUGUAGCUUGAAAUGUUCACGUUUUUGAGUUCUGCCAACAGGGUGUAGUAUUAACCAUUCACACAUCAAAAUUUUGCAGUUUUUCCGUCUAUUUUGUUGACGCCUUAUAAUAAUGGCGACGACGCUUGAAGCACAAAGCAAUAGCAACAUUUCCUCAUCCAUUUCAACUUCCUCCCAAAAUGUGUAGUUGUUGCUCAAAAAAAAGUUGAAUGAGCAUUCAACAAGUUGCAACAUCUCAACAAGUCGCAACAAUGUUUAACAUUUGUUCAUCAACAAAAGUUGAACAAUGUUGAACCGUGUAUCAUUCACUUAACAUCUCAUGUGCGACAAAAUUCACAUGAGGGACAACAUUGACAGCAAGUUAACAGGAGCUUGGGAUUCAUGAAUCUGUUGCUGAAGAAUAUCUAGCCAAUAUCGUCAAACGUAGGUGAUACCUGCCAACCUGGGCUUGUUGAUGCCUCAAAUCCUGCUGAUUUUGAUGUAAUAUAUCAAAAACUUGUGCUUUGUGUUUCAUCAGGGGUUCCAAACACCGAGAAACAGAUGCGGCCUCAUGCUUUUAUUGUUUUGAGGUGUUUGGAACCCCUGCUGAAACAUGAAGCACGAGUUUUUGAUAUGACUUCUCAAAUGAACCAAUAGUGUCACACAUUUGGCAUUUUCCUUUUAAAAUGCUGUCAUAUGCAUACUUUAUUGUAUUUCGUCAUUCGGUGUUAGAACAUGUGCGAAGCCGAAGCGUUUUGAUUUAGGGAGCCCAAAACAGUUGUGGAAGAAGAAGAUCUAGUCGACAAAGCUAUUCCUACCUCCACGAAGUAUAAGAACAAAUGGGCUGUAACCAUUUUUAAUGAAUGGCAAACUGAGGGAAAGGUUCAUGUGCCUGUAUCGGAUUCAGGAGGCAUGUUUAAAGAUUAUGAUCUGCACAAGGUUGGAAUACUGUCAACUUGAAUCGAAGAUAUGGUUGCAUUGUCAUAGAAUUAUUGGCUGAACAAAUUUGUCAUAGAAGUAGUGAAAAAGAGUGGAGAAUGGUAUCCUCCAAAGACUGUUUUGGAAAUUAAAUUUAUUACGAGCUUCCACAGGUAAGUGCUUACUGCACACCAUGUAUUUUUAUAAUGGCAAACUUUUUGGUUUGAGAAGUGGUGAACAUAGAAGCCUUGCAGUCAAUAAUUUUGAAAUAGGAGCAAACUUUGUUAAGUUCCAGGAAAAUUAUUGUAAAACAUACCAUGCAGGCUUUACAGAUCUUAAGUACAUCCUGAGAGUUGUUAAACAUGUUUGCCAUCCCGUGGUAGGGUCAGCUGUCCAUGAUUGUUGCCUUGGGGAAAUUUAUCGGUUAUACAUUGGGCUUGUAGAAACUAAUGCUAAGAAUUUAAAUGCAUUCUACUUUAGACCAUCUAGGUCUAAACUUAGAUUUGAUAAGGUUCCUGUGGGAGUUAAUAUUCUUAACGAGAUUUUGCCUCAAAUGUGCAAGGCUGCAGGGAUAAAGAGAAAAACCAGUCACUGUCUCCGUGUUACCUGCACGUUUUUGCUCUUUAAUGCCCACAUAGUGGAGAAGUUAAUACGCAAUAUGUCUUUUUUAAGUACGAGAAGCCCAGCAAAGAGAAAGUUAAGGAAGUAUCUACAGUUUUAGGGCCAAACACUGCUGAGGUCCAAGCUUGUAAUGAAAAAGAGAAAUAUUUGAAAAAUGCUGUACCUAAUGAGGAUGCAAGUGCAGGGCCAUCAAACAGCUGUUCUUUUAGUAAGUGCUCUGUUAAGAUUAAGGUCAAUUAUUUUAAGUACAUACAAAUAGCUAUUUAAAAAUUGUAAUUGAAAUGUAAGAAAACUAAUUUACUAUUUGAAGAUUGUACUGAAAUGUAAUGUAUUGUUGAAAAAGUCAUUAAAAUGCAAGUGUUUGAUCUGAGAUCAAACAUGGUUUUGAACUAAGACCAAAACUCUUAAGAUCUUGAUCUGGUGUUUCAUUGGGUAUCAAGAUCCAUCCACCUGAUGUGAGUGGGUGAUACUGAUUGGCUGGCCACUUGAAUUAUUUAUGAUUUUGAGAAGCCAAGAUGAAAGUGCUGAGUGAAGAAUGAAAAACAGGGACACUCACAAGGGGGACAUUUCCUGACAUACUUCAGUAAGUACAAAGCAAAACAAAUUAAAACUAGUAGUAAUCAUAGAUUAAGAAGUGCAUUUGAGUAUUGGUAGGUAAAGCAAAAAUUCUCGGAACAGCAUUUUGUGCCUGAGCUGUUAGGGUAGACAUGAAAUUGGCCUCUUUCCAGUAGGGGCAAAAACAACUGAACUGAUCGCAAGGCACAUACAUAUGGGAGGUUUGUUCUUAUUUGCACAUGUAUUACAUAAUAUUAGUUACGAAUGGCCAGUGUAAAUCAUGGACUGUAGUCAGUAGGCCGCAUUUAGUCCCAAGUCUGCCUUUUAUACACGAGUCCAAGUUUUAUACCCAGUCCGUAAUGCUUAGUCUGCAUUUUAUACCUCAGUCCGAGUUUUAUACCCAGUCUGUAGUCUGCAGUCUGCAGUCCAUGUUUUUUUUCUGACCUGAAACCUACCAUUCUAGACCAUGUAAAUUGACACAAAUGAUGCCUGUUACAUUGGUAUGCAAGAUGACAUGCUUUUAUUACCAAAAUAAAGACAAUUCUUCUGUUUACGAACACGUCUUGAAUUGCCUUGGCCUUGGAGAAACAGCUAAUGAGCAUCCGGGUAAAUUAAGACAUGGACCUAGACUGAAAAAUGCAUUUUUUUAAAACAUAAAUUAGUGUUGUUCAAAGAGGUUUAAAUAAAAUCAAAUGAAAUUUGGUCCACUUAACAAAAUUAAAAUUGCGACUUCCCUGGUAAAAUAUCAUGCGAUUUAGUCACCUGAUUGACAUUUAAGGAAAGCCGAAGAGAGCUGAAAAAUAGACCAUUUUAAACAAGAAAUGGCAACACUUUAACUGUAAUCCUUGAAAAAUGCAGUGGUACUUUUGAAAUGUUGGAUACUUAAACUUUUAAACUGUACUUGGCCUUAGAUGAAAUAGUGUUUUGUGUAGAAGUAGUUUCCAGGCAAUAUAAAAACAAACAAUAAAACCAUUGUUUCUUGUGAAUUUAAAUGACAAAUAAAAUAAUUUUCUGAAAAGGCUGAGCACAGAGAGAUGGAGGACAUUGUGAUACACAAGUAUUUGGAGGUGAAAAUAGGAUAUCAAAGUUUUAAAGUGUUGCCAUUUAUCAAAAUACCUUCCCCUUGAGACUGUUGUCUGCAAUCUUGAAUUUGCCAUAUUGGCCGAGCAGUUCACUGAAAAGAUAACCUGGGAAUGACAAUUUUUGUUGUCUUAGACAAAAUGGCUGAUAGGAUCAAAGAUUUGAUAUCAGGCCUGGCUCCGAGAUUCAAAAUGGCGGAAGAAGCAUUGAUGUGGUCGUGGUUUGAGUAAUUUUUCCAAACUUUUUACCUGCUUUAAUAUGAAAUAUUUAACUACAGAUUCUGAAAAAUCAAAAGUUAUACUUCCACUAAUAGUAAGGUAGUCUAAAUAAUGUAUAUUUUCAUGUUUCUAGGUGAAAAGGUGAGAAUAAAGGGCCUAAUUGUAACGAAAUGCUUGUUGUAGAUUGAUGUUGUGGUUCGUGAGAAAAAAUUGUACUUCUUGCUUACAGCUUAUUAUGAGCCUUCGUUGACAUUUACAGUUGACAUGCGUGAGAUUUUGGUGUAAAAUUACAUCAAGCUAAUCAGUGAGCAACGAUCCGUCUCUGAUGUAUGUACAUGUUAUGCUCUUUGUUCAAAGAUUGCAAUUAUAUAUCUAAAGGCUUUCUAUAACAAAGUUUAAAACAGGGGUGACUUGGUCUAAAGGUAAUUUUUGACAAAAAAAGCCAUGUUCUUUGUAUAAUUCUGUGAGCAGAAACUGUUAGAUUUGGCACCAUAAAUGACCUCUUUCUUUGGAUGUGGAUCUGCUCAAGUUGCAGUCAAACACAGCUUUAUAAAACCAACUGGCAAAGUUGAGUAUGGCCAUGACAACCACUUGAGAAACUACCUGGCAGUAUUUCAAGGACACCAAGAGCGAUAUCAGGUAGACAAACAUUCUUACAUCAAAUGCUCCAACAGCCUUGUACACCACUUUGGAAAAUGGAAGCGAAAAACUAACAAGGAUAAAUACACAGAACAUUUCAGCCCCAACAACUGGGAAAGCUGACCGAAUAUGAAAAGAAGCAACACACUCAUACAAAUUGUGAGGCUUGUCAUGUUCAUUACUUUCCUUUUCAAUCUUUAUUUCCCAUGUGGAAUCAUAAAGAAAACUAUUACACAACAAGGUAUUCACAAGAACAUUAAGAGCAGCAUUCUUAAACCAUCGUGCCAUGGAAAUAUGAAGGUCACAAAAGAGGCUAUAAAAACAGCUUCUUCACAGAUUAUGAAAAAAUAAAUACACCAUUUAAAAAUAUAUUUGGGGUAACAUUUGCGAAGGCACAAACCACUGUUCCUGAGUUGGGUCUUGAAGACAAAAAAUCACAUGCUGAAAGGAAAAAGGAAAGAAGAAAAAAUCCACAGUUGACAAGAGUUGCAUCCAGGAGAAAUGGUCAGAAAAGGACUCUGACACCAUGCUUUCCACCAGACAGACCUACAGCCAGUGACAGGAGCAGCAGUUGUCACUUUUCUUUGAAAGUCCAGAAGAUGCAGAACAAAGGGCCAAUUAAAAGGAUGUGACAGGAAGAAGAAGGUCAAUGUAAGAAGAAAAGGCACUCUCUACGGCCAGAGGAUCUUGACUUUGACAAAGACAGGCUCCUCAAAAAAGUUGAUGCAAUGAGGGAUGGAGACAGGGUUAGUAAAAGGUACAUUAUAUAACGAGACAAAGUAAAAAGGGCAAAAAGGUAAAGCCACCCUCCUGCCUGUACAUGUAUUACAAAAUAGUAAUAAACUACAAUAAAAAUAGGAUAUUUAAUCCUUAUAAUUAUAAUAAACUUACUAGGGCAGUACUACUAACAAAGGGAUCCAGGUGAAACUGAUGAUAACUGAUGAUAAAGUGCUAAUAACUGCCAUUACCCUGAAGCAAGAAUCAAUUACACACAAAUCUCAAAAUAACAGACCAGAGAGAAAUUUAAUUAGCAAAAAAAAGUUGAAAGGUGUAUGCUUCUUUUGCAGAUCAAUUGCUAAGAACUUGUCCAUCAAUAUGGUGUGAGGGAAACGACAAAAAUCGGAAAUAUGGUUCUCAAGUGGUUCCUGGAAAGUAAAGAAGUACAGUUAUCUAGAUUCCAGAAAUUCAGACAAGAAAAACCAGCAAUCAGAUGAAAAAUAAUCCGAAUGCAGGGUGGAGUGAUGUCAGUACCAGUUCCAAGAGCAAACAAAGAAAUAAGGGAGACUUUAAUGGUUAUUACAGUGCAGUAAACUAAAUAUAAAUGAAUUUAAAAAGAACGUUUCUUUACUUUUUUAGCCAGGAUCCAUAAAUCUGUAUGUGCUGAAUAGUAGACGAUGCAUGCAAUGUAUUUUCAUUUUUCGGGUCAAUUUACAAAGUUUGCCAGGUAUUGCAUUACAAUGUUACAUGAGUACACAAAAUACUUCAACAUGCGAAACUCUGGAUUCAUUAAUUUAUGUUGCAUUUCAUUUGUUUGAGCAAACUUGAAAGUGGAGAGUUCCUUCUCGGCACAAAGGUGUUGCUGACAAAGGAAGGUACCCUCAAGACUGAAAGAUUUACUGUAUCUGGCUGUAAGAUUCUUCUUCUAGAAAUAAGGACAUGCAUGGUAAAAGAACAGGAACGGUGAAAUCGAGUCUAAAGAGAGAUUGAAAGCAGUGGAAAGAAAGCGGCACCUUGUGGUUUGGGGUUACAACUCAACCUUUCUCAACCAUGGUCACCUUCUACUGCCAGUUAAUUCAGUAUAUGAUGAGGCCCUAUAUUACACCAAUGAAAAAAUGAAAGCACAAGGCAAAGGAGACAUUGAUGUACAGUCUGUAGUUGAAAGACCAUAAGUCUAUAUUCUGGGGAGAUGUGGUUCCUCUAAAGUAGAUCAGCUAGAGUUGAGAUUACUGAUGUAAUGCGCUUUUUUUCAUGGAGAUGGCCCUGAGCAACGGUUUGAGGCUGGAAAACAGAAAGGGGAUAUGCUGGAUGUGCAAGUUGUAGUGAUGAUGCAAGAAAGUAUAAAGACCUUGCAGUGUCUCUUUCCAAACCUCACCUUACUCUCUGAGAACAGUUAAAGAAAGUUCUACAGGGGCCUGCUGGAAAAAUAAAAGGAAUGCUGGUUUGAAGCCAUUUAAAGAUAUUUUCUUAGAAGAGUUGAGAGGUGAAUGCAGAGCCCGAGGCCUCAAAACUGAUGGACAAAAGAAGGACCUUAAGGAAUUAAAUUUUCUCAAAGAAGAGAUUGGUGGAAUUCAACGGGUGCCAGCAAUGAUGUUCUUUAACCAAGAGAAAACACUAGCAGACCUUGGUUUAAGUAGGCAUUGCAUACUGUCUAUUACCAAUAUUGUAAAUAUCAAGAGAUAGGUCCAAAAAAAUUAUGUACACAGUACAGUAUGAUUGUUUCCUUGGCCUAUGUUCUGGGUAGGAGGAUAUAUGUGUUGGGAGGUUUACAGCAAUGAUACAUGUACUAGUCAAUGUACAGUGUACAUGUAACAUAGAACAUGUAUUUACAAAUGUAUAAAUGUUUACAAAUGCAUGGUACCUGUUACAAGUUCAGGUAUAUACAAUAUAAUUUUACAUAAAAAUAAUGACAAGUGGGCUAUUCAUAAACAUAAAAAUCUUGAAAAUCUUAUUUCAAACAGGAAACUAUGGAGGUCUUACCUACAGAGUCUCUUCACGCUGUUAAGGAACACAUUGCCAACGUUCUCACUGAGUUGC